AGCCAAUUUGAAGCUAAAACCCUAAAAGCAUCGUGGAAGAAGAACACUGUCAACAAUGGAGGAGACGAAGAACAUGGAGCUUCUCCAAUCAGACAUAGCCACCUUUGCUUCUUCUCUCGGAUUAUCCACUUCUGGGUUUGAUGACACUGAUUUUCGAAAAUCAACCUCUUCCAAAAAACCCAAAAAAAACAAACCAGAAAUUCCCCAAAAUACCCAGUUAGAUAAAACCUCAAAAAACCCCAAAACUUUCAACAAAAACGAAAAGAAACCACAAUUUGAUCACAAACCCACUAAAAACCCACUCCCAAAGCCCCCACCUUUAUCACUUAAUACCAGCAAUAGCAGUGCAAGAUUAUCUGAUAAGUAUAAGAAUCUUCCCAAGUUACCAUUGGUUAAAGCUAGUGUGUUGGGUGUGUGGCAUGUGGAUGCAGUGGAGUUUGAGAAGGCAGUUUUUGGUGAGGGGAAAGCUAAGUUGGAGUGUAAAAUGGGUGUGGAGGAAUUUGUGGAGAAGAAGAGGGAGUUGGGGGAGAGGUUGAUGUGGCAGUAUGGUCAUGAUUUUGAGCAGAGUAGAGGGCAAAGUGCUCAGAUUAAGAUGUUGACUGCUACUCAAAGGUCUGGUACUGCUGCUGAUAAAGUUUCUGCGUUUUCGGUUAUUGUUGGGGAGAAUCCUGUUGCUAAUUUGAGGUCACUUGAUGCCCUUUUAGGAAUGGUGACAUCCAAAGUCGGAAAACGCCAUGCUCUCACUGGAUUUGAAGCACUCAAAGAACUUUUUGUUUCAAGUUUGCUACCUGAUCGGAAGCUGAAGACCCUUCUGCAGCGGCCCUUAAAUAGUCUACCUGAGACCAAAGAUGGUUAUUCUCUUUUGCUGUUUUGGUAUUGGGAGGAUUGCUUGAAGCAGAGGUAUGAGAGGUUUGUUUCCGCACUUGAGGAAGCAUCAAAAGAUAUGUUACCCAUACUAAAAGACAAGGCAUUGAAGACCAUGUAUGAGCUAUUGAAAAGCAAAUCAGAGCAGGAGCGCAGAUUGCUUCGUGGCCUAGUUAAUAAACUUGGUGAUCCCCAAACAAGGAGUGCAUCCAAUGCUGACUAUCACAUGUCAAACCUUUUGUCUGACCAUCCAAAUAUGACGGCUGUGGUGAUUGAUGAAGUGGACACUUUUCUCUUUCGACCUCAUUUGGGGCUUCGAGCAAAGGGCAUAGCUGUGAACUUUUUGAGCCAAAUCCGUCUGAGUCAUAAAGGAGAUGGACCGAAGGUGGCAAAGCGUUUGCUAGAUGUAUAUUUUGCCUUGUUCAAGGUGCUAAUUUCUGAGAUGGGUGGCAGUCAAAAGAAAGAUAAAAGCAGUAAAGCAGACAAUUUAAACACUUCUCAUCCUGUCAAGGAGCAUAAAAUGAAGAGUUCUUCAGAAUCUCAUGUUGAAUUGGAUUCACGGAUUUUUUCAGCUCUUUUAACAGGCAUUAAUAGAGCAUUUCCUUAUGUUUCAAGUACUGAAGCUGAUGAUAUUAUUGAGAUCCAAACACCGCUGCUCUUCCGAAUGGUUCAUUCAAACAAUUUCAAUGUAGGGGUUCAGGCUUUGACACUUCUUGAGAAAAUCUCAUCAAAAAACCAGAUUGUUAGCGAUAGAUUUUACCGUGCUUUAUACUCAAAACUUCUACUCCCAGCUGCCAUGAAUUCUUCCAAGCCAGGCUAUGUCUAUGGAAUUCUUGGGAAAGCAAUGAAAAACGAUGUGAAUUUGAAGCGUGUUUCGGCCUUCGCAAAGCGUCUAUUGCAGGUGUCUCUUCAGCAGCCACCUGAACAUGCCUGUGCAUGCCUAUUUCUCCUCUCUGAAAUUCUCAAAGCAAGGCCCCCUUUAUGGAACAUGAUUAUGCAGAAUGAAUCGGUUGAUGAAGAACUUGAACAUUUUGAAGACAUAGUAGAAGAAGGUGAUAACAAACCUAGCACAGCAGUAAAAGCUGAAAACAAACGUGAAGUUGUCCACAGGAGUGAUCAGGACAAUCCAGCAAGUGAUUCAGAAGGGGAAGAUGAUUCUGUCGCUAGCUCUGAGAAUGACGAUUCUGACGACGCAGAAGAUGAUUUAUUUGCAAAAAAUAACUCAAAACAAAUCAAAGAACUUCAAACACCAUCCAAUGAUAAUGGAAACCAUCGUCAAACAUCCUCUACAGGUCCUUCCCUUCCUGGAGGUUACAAUCCAAGACACAGAGAGCCUUCUUACUGUAAUGCGAAUUGUGUAAGCUGGUGGGAGCUGAUGGUUCUUGCUUCUCAUGUGCAUCCAUCUGUUGCUACCAUGGCCGGGACCCUUCUGUCUGGGGCCAAUAUUGUUUACAAUGGUGACCCAUUGAAUGAUCUAUCUCUUCAUGCUUUUCUGGACAAGUUCAUGGAGAAGAAAGCAAAGCAGACAACAUGGCAUGGUGGUUCUCGGAUCGAACCAGCCAAGAAGCUCGACAUGAACAAUCAUUUAAUUGGACCGGAAAUUCUAUCAUUGGCUGAAGUGGAUGUGCCUCCUGAAGAUUUUGUUUUUCACAAGUUUUAUGUGAAUAAAAUGAACUCCACAAAGUCAAAGAAGAAGAAAAAGAGAAAGGCAGCUGAUGAAGAGGCAGCUGAAGAGCUUUUUGGUGGGCGCGGCGAUGAUGAAGAUGAAAUAGAUGGUGUGGAUGAAAGUGAUAAUGAAGAGAUUGAGAAUUUGUUGGAUUCUGCUGAUGUUUCUUUUGGAGCUGACGGUGAAUAUGAUUAUGAUGAUUUGGACCGAGUUGCCAAUGACGAUGACGAUGAUUUGAUUGGUAAUGCCAGUGAUGUGGAAAUGGAUUUGGCCUCGGAUAUUGAUGGCUUUUCAAACGGCAAUAAAAGUGAUGAAGAUGCGGAAGCUAUUGAAAUAGGAGUUAUGGAUGACGGUAGCGAUGAUGACUAUGAAGGAUUUAAUAACCGGAAUAGAAAAAGAAAAUCUGGUGCGAAGGCUGGUGCAUCGCCAUUUGCAAGUCUCGAAGAUUACGAGCACUUGUUAAAUGACGAAAGUCCCACAGAAAAGAAAUCUAUGACGAAAAAAAAGCCAAAAUCACGAAAGAAGAAAAAGUCAGAGUGAUGCGUCGGUCAUCAUCAUCUCAUCAUAAAGUAUCAGGUUGUGACAAUCUCUCCUUGUGUACUGGAAAAUAGCAGCAUUGUGCCCUGUGAUACUGAAGUUUUUCAAUGAGCUAUUAAACUAUUGAAGGGCUGGUUGAUUUUGUUCGAGCAACCACCCAUCAAUAACAAGAGAGAAUUGCACAAACAAAUAUUUGUACAAUUACUUAACUCAAUUUAAGCUUCUGUUAUUUAUAGCAUUCUGAUAUUUGGGUUACUA